AUUAGACAUUUUUGUUUCAGUUUUUUUCACCAUCCAUCUUUUCCAUCUUCCUAAAUGUUCCUUGUCCUCUAUUUUUGGUCUCCCAUGGUCAUGUUCCUAACCCAACAAACCUAAAAAUUUAUUAUGGGUUGUGGAGCUUCAAGGUUAGAUGAGAAUGGCCUGGUUAUCCCUAUCAAGGCUCGCCCUCUUCUCUUCCUCCGGCUAGAGGAAUUCAGGCGCCGGCGCCAUCCUCAAUGCUCCUCGGCAUCUAAAGACCAAUCAUCCCAUGCUUCCAAACAAGAAUUGCUUUUGGAAGAUCAUCACAAGAGAGAUAUUCAUCAUUUGCCUAAAAACAAAGAUACUAAUGGGAAAGAGUCUAAUUCUACAUUGUUAAUUACGGAUGAUACGGGGAGUUGUGUCACGUCCGAGGAGGAUUCCAAGGAUGAUUCUAACCAUGAUGAUCCAAAGGCCAAUAAUCAAGAGGUUAAAAAAUCAUCAUUAUUAGGUAAUAAUAAUAAGGGUGUAAAAGGUGAAGAACAGGAUCAUCAUCGUACAAAAUCGAACGAGACCACUAAUAAAAAAGUUCGAGAUUGUGACAACGAUGGAGACAAUGAAAUUGAGGACGACGAGGAAAAUGAGGAAGAUGAGGAGGAGGAUGAUUAUGAUGAUGAUGAUGGAAGAAGGCUGGGGCAUCAUGAUGAGGAUGGUUUAGCGUUUCCGGGCUCUCCUAGUUUUAGGGUUUUUUUCAUGGACAACAAGAGCGGCGACAUUAAAAGUGAUCAAGAUACGGAUGAUGAAUUUGUUGAAAAGGCUCCAAUUGAGAAGGAUGAUGUAAAACCCUUGAAGCCUCCCACGAAUCCAGAAGUAAAAAAGAAACAAAAGAAGAGGAGGAGUUUCAAGAAGGUUAUACCAUCAGGAAAACAAGCAAAAAACUUAUUCAACGUCCGAGCUUGUAUGUCGUCAGCUCAUCAAUCAAAUCCAGACCGCGCCCGUUUGCUCACCGGAAAGGCUCAUGCUUGAUCUUUGCUCUUUUAGACUUUUUUUUUAAAUUUUUUUUUUUGUCUCUUAAUUAUAGGGGCAUUUGAUUUCUUCUUAUACAAAAAUUUAUGUUCAUAGAAUCGUAGCAGAUUUUGUGAAUGUAUAAACUAGUUAUAAUCUCUGAUGUUUUUCAUAGCCAGGGAAGCUAAGCCAAAAUCACGUUCUAUUGUGAAUAUUUUAAUUGUUUUAAGGAUGUAUUAAUUUGGCAAAACUUGUUAAUGUUAUUGUUAUUAACU